AAUAACUUAAUUACAUUUUAUCAUAUUAUGAUUUGUUUUUUGGUCUUUUAAUGAAAAUAACGAGUAUUACUAAUAUAAAUUACAUACACAUUGGGUCGACCUGCCCCGACGCGCGCCCCGUGAUAAAUUACCCGACUUGCUACGUGGCGGGUAUGAGUAUUGAGAUACCCUCCCCGGACCUGCUCCAUUGUCAUGCCUUGCAUCUAAACCUGGCAAUUGGGUCGGGUUGGGUAAUUUAGAGUAAUGACCUUGGAUUACAGGUCCGUUUAUGUUGGAUUGGUUGAUUUCGGGUCAAAUAUUGACCCAACUCAUAGGAUUCCGGGUCGGGUUACAAUCAUUCUAGUUAAAAGCGCUCUCAAAAACAAUAUCAAACAUGCAACACAAAUCUUCACAUAUGCAUGGAAAUAGUUUACCUAACACAUGUUAAUUAACAUAUUUUUAAAUCCUCGGAGUCUAAUGAAAUGAAAUACAAUUUGCAAAAAUUGUCAAAAAACAAUCACAGGAGUAAUACUACUACAAAACAAAAUACAUGAUAUUUGAUUAUCUUAAACUCCAUACAUGUCUUUUAAAUUCUUGUGAAUUUUUUUACAUCUCACCAAUUUAGUGAUUUUAUCAUUUUGGAAGUUAUAUAUGAACGGGUCGACCCGCUAAUCCUCCCAGUGGGAACCAAAAAAUAACGGGUUAAUUGAGUUCAGCUCAUUUAAGUUUCGGGUUAUAAAAACAUCUAUUUUUUGAGCGUGUUCAGAUUGGGUCAUAAUUUGCUUGCAUCCACGUAUGUGCUACUCUAUAGGGAUGUUCAAAUGGAGUGGUUACCGUGGUAACCAUUUUAACCGGCAGUAUUUGGAUAAUUUUGGUUUGGUUAAUUUGGAUAAUUGGUUUGGUUAAACUUUUUAGCUUGUUUGAUUUAGGUGAUUUGAUUUGGUUUCAGACACUUCUAACCAAUUCAACCAAAUUAACUUGUUAAGUGAUUAACCAUAUACCUAAUACAUAUUUUUUUAUGAAUUAUACCUAAUACAUAUUACAUAUACAUACUUAAUAUUUUGCAUAACCACUCUAGAGUUAAAUGUUCCUUCCUUUUAGGCUCACAAAAAAUAAAGUUUAAUAGUGUGCAUAUACUGUAUAUUUGUAUUUGUAGAAUGUAAACCACAACAUAUUGACUCCUAAUUUAGAUUCAAACUCAUACAUUAUGUUGGAUUGGAUGACAACUUGAAAUGAAGGUCCUUUUCGGCCUAUGAUAAUUUCUAAGGGACUAAGUCAAUUCACACAAACACAAAAAUUCGUUAACCCCAUAUCAUUGCAUAUAUUUUUGUUAGUUGAAUACUUUCAUUGAUUGGAAGAUAGUUGUAUUAGGUGUAUAUAUUUAUUUUAAGGGUUAAUUAUAACUAUGUGUUGAUUUUUAUGUUUUAUUCAUUAUAUAAAAUGUGAGUGAUGCAUUAACCGAAAAAUUUCUCACUUAAUGAUAAUGUGAUAUUAUAUUGGUUAAUUUGGUUAUAACUAACCAAACUCUAGUUUGGUUAAUCUGGUUGUUGUAUUAGUUUGGACAGUUUGGUUAUGAUAUUGUAUUCCACUGUUAAUAGAAUUUAGCUUUAUUUGGUUUGGUUAUUAUCAUGGUAACCAUUUAACACCCCCUACUACUCGACCGGGCUCUUUCCCAUGUGACAUAUUGUAUUCCAAUUGCACACAUUUUCUCCCCAUAUUCUUGAGAUGUUUGAGGCAUUUCGAUUUCGUGAGUGGUUUUAUACUAAGUUGUGCUUGUUUGUAGUGUGUUUCAGAUCCUAGCAGGUGGAAUCGACCUCAGGAACAAAAGUUGGACGAAAAGGGACAAAAACAUAUCGAAGGGAGCAAACAGCUGAGGAUCACGAUGGAAGCCGCAUUUUCAAAGUCAACCCGACCGUGAUAAUGGAGCCCCGACCGUGAAGAGCAAGGAGGCCAGAAUCUUCCGCUCGCCUCGCGGGCCUAUAUGAGAUCAGGGUCACCCGACUGUGAUAAUUCGCCUCCGUCUGUGAAGUCCUUUAAUGAAACGAAGCGUUUAUGUUCGAGAUCACGGUCCAAUCUUUGAGUUCACAACCGUGAACUGGAACCGUGAAACACGCACAUUUUGGGUAUUUAAGGAGAAGUGAGCUGAAAGAAGCGAGGGAGCCUAGUGAGAUAAUUUAUUCUUCCUCCUCAUAUUUCUAGAGAGAGAGAGAGAGAGAGAGAGAGAGAGAGAGAAGAAGAAGAAGAAUAAGUGAGGAGAAGAAAGCUAGGGUUUCAUCCAAGCUUCAAGAUUUGGUGAUCUCAUCCACCAAGGUUGAUUUCUACACCAAAGGAAGAAAGCAAACAUCUCAAGAUGGUCUUUUCUCUUCUCCUUUGUGUAUUUCCUAGUCUUAGAAUGGAGUAGUUCCCUUGUUUUACUUGGGUGUUUGUGAACCUUAGCUUGGACUAUGGGAUUGAUUGUAUGAAUUGAAUGUUUUGUGUGUGGUUUGUGUUUUAAUGCAAGUAUUGAGAAAUUUUCAUGAAGGUUGAGUUGUGUUUCUCAUUUCUCUCUAUUAUGCCAUUUUGACCUAGGUAAAGGGAAAUCCCCUUCUUGCUAAGAGGCUUUUAAAAUUUAUAAUUCCUUGGCCAAAUUGAGCCUCCUACUUAGGUCGAAUUAGGCAAACCUCAUACUACAUUUUAGCGCCUUGUGGGUUGUAGUUUAGCCCAGCGGAUUAAGGUCCAAGGGAGAAGGCUUGGCAAUCCUUAGUCGAUCAGCCAAGAGAGCUACUUCGUUAACUUGAUUUGAUUCUCCUUGGCCUAUCGACCAAGAGAGUGAAGCUUUUUCACUAAUUGUGCUCUCCUACGGUUUACAAAUACUUUUCAACACACUUGCAUUCUUUUCAACUAAUUUUGAUACCUAGCUAGGGAAAGUAACAUCCAGGUGAAGUCUUUUCAAUUCGUGUUCAAAACCAUUUACCAUUUCGAUUGGUUUCAAUUGUAAAAAUUCCUAGUUUUCACCAAAAAUCAAUUGUUAGAUAAUGUUUCAAACGAUUGAAGCAGGGGGUACAAGGACCAGAUCAAGUUUGAUAUUUAAAUACUUGCUCUAUACUACACCCAGCUAGAGUUUAUACUCGGGCUCUAGUCAGGAUUUGAAAUCUGUGGUGGAGUAGUAGUGAGUCAAGUUUUUGGCGCCGUUUUUGGGGAAGUUCGGUCCAUUAUUUUGAAAAGGUCAUUUGGUGUUAAUCUAGCUUUUAAUUUUUGCAUUGUUGAUUGUGAAUCUUACUUGUGUUGGCUCGCGUUUGUAUUUCUUUGAAGUGUGUGCAGGAGGGUGUAUGACCCGGAAUCAUCAGACACCUUUGGCGCCACAAGACGAGAACAUCAAUCAAACUCUCUGACUCUUGACUUGGGAGAGAGAGUUGGUGGAAGCAAGAGGAAGGAUAGCGGAUCGGGGACGACCACAAGUUGAACCCGAAGUUGUUGUUGAAGUUGAAGUUGUAGUUGAGGAGGAAGUUGAAUCGGAAGAAGAAGUUGAAGAUAAGAUGGAGGAGAAUCAACACGCCUAAGAGGAGAAUGAGGAACUGAGGACCAUGGACUAUCCAUCAAUUAAUUCUCUAAAACUUGGAAACCCAAAUCGGCAAUCUUGUCGGGAUCCUCGCCGAGAGAAUGAGAGGAGCUCUACCUUCCAAAACUAUUGUCAACCCCAAGGAUCAAAAUUUCGAGUGCAAUGCUAUUCUCUCGAGGAGCGGAAAGGUAACUCUGGAUGUUAUUGCUAAGGAGACAAUUGAAGAGGAGAAAGCCCCUCCAAAGGUCGAUGAACAAGAACUGUCAGAAGGAGAGGGUGAAGAGGCUAAGAAGGCAUCACCAACGCCACCCCUAGUGGCUGAGUACAAGCCUCCUCUCCCUUUUCCCUACAAGGGUGCAAAAAGAACGUUUGGAGGCGGAAUGCGACACAUUAAUGGAGAUGCUCAAGAAGCUUCAAAUCACAAUCCCGAUCUUAGAGGCAAUGGCGUACAUGCCACAGUAUGCCAUGUAUCUCAAGGGGCUUCUUGCAAAGAAGAGCAAGCAUGAAAACCUCGGUAUUGUCACCUUGGGCGAGGAGUGUUCGGCCUUCAUUCAAAACAAGUUGGCCAAAACACAACAAGAUCAACGUAGUUUCACUAUCCCUCUUUGCAUCGAGACAUGUCAUAUAGAAAAUUCCUUAUCGGAUUUAGGAGCAAGCAUCAAUGUCAUGCCAUAUAAGCUUUACAAGAAGUUAAACAUAGGUGAAAUGAAACCCACUAGGUUGAGUGUUUCAUUGGCUGACCGUUCUAUGAUUAGUCUUCGAGGCAUGAUGGAGGACGUUCUAGUGCGGGUGGGCUUUUCUAUUAUCUCACAUAUUUCAUUAUCCUUGACAUAAGUGAAUAUGCGGAUAUGCUCCUCAUACUAGGACACCCAUUUCUUGUCACCGCCAAGGCUUUAAUCGAUGUUAAUGAGGGCACAUUGAUCUUGAGAGAUGGAGAUGAGCAAAUUACUUUUUCGAUUGACCCUAAGGAUAAGAAUGAUGAUGUUAAAGGAAUGGAAUCGAAUGGUAUGUUUGGAAGUGGAGGUGAGCCACUCAAGGUGAACCUCAUUAGUGCUUUUUCUCCUUGUGAUGAUGUGAAACAGGGACCUAAAGCAGGUAUCAAACCGAAUGGAAGAAAAGGAAAGCUUGGUGUGAGAAGAUGAACCGCGUUUUUUCCAAAAAGAAGAACAAAGGUAAAACGAAGGUACCCAACCAAGAGGGCCAUCCUUUGGAGUUUAAGAUGGGAGGUGACAAGUCUCACCCUGAGACCGUGGUGGAUCCACUCUCGCAGGCCUCGUGCUCACAAACAUGAAGAUCUGCAAUGUCGAGCUAGAGACGUUAAACUAGUGCUUGUUGGGAGGCAACCCAACAUAGGUUUGUGUUUCUUUUCCUUAUCUUCUCUUUUGUGGUUGAGUGAUGAGUUUAAGUGGUUGAAUGGUGAUCACCGUGCCAGUGUUAUGUGUUUGAAAGUUUUGGAUGUUUUGUGAUUGAAUUAGGAGCACGGUUAAUUAGAUCGAGUCUUGAGAGUUUGGAAAAUGCCUGAUUUUUCAUCAAUUUACGGUUUUAGCCCUAUCAUCACGGUCGUCAGACCGUGAUAAUGUGGUGGAGACCGUUAUGGUAGACGUGUGACCAUUCACCUUCCCUGCUGACUUCGUUGUAAUUGAUACGGGCGACUCCAUUGCCACUGUAAUCUUGGGUUGUCCAUUCUUGGAAAAUACCCAAGCGAUGGUCAACAUGCAUGUGGGAAAAGCUCAUCUUUGGAGUGGGCUCAACACGUGUCACAUUCAAAAUGGAGGAGUGAAUGGAGCAAGCCCAUGUUUAGGACGAUGACUAGGUCCCUGAAAAAGCUACGGAGACGCUCUCAUCAGUAACAACAUGCGUCUUGGAUGACCCCCUCGAGGUAUGUCUCAUUUCAUGGGGACUUAGGUAUUGUUUGCUAAUGGGUUUUGGAUGUUGGAUUUGGUCCUCAAAUAACCAUCAUGUUUUUGGGUAAUAACAUUGUUUUUUAAGG